GUUGUUCCCUUUCCCACUGCUCUCCAAAAGGCCGCUGGACUCGAUGUCUGCUGUUUGUACCACUGAUGCCUUCCCUGGGUCCCACUGACUGCAUCUGAUUCAGCGGAAGAUUUCAUCUAACAUUCCCUGGGUCUCCAGGAUGUGAACUGGAGCUGGCUGUGAGCCUCAUGAAGGCUGCAGAGACUGGCUACUGAAACCACUCACUACUCAGUUGGGAGCAUCUCUGUCCUUCAUCCGGAUAGGCAUUCACACACCGUGUGAUGGAAUGCCCACCCAUCACGUGCUGGAGAUGUUGGGUCAUUUGACAGGGGGAUGAUGGGGCUGUGCAGCCCACGGGUGGUUCAGGGGAGUCUUUAUGGCCAGCUGUUGCUGAAAGGCAAGGUAUCACCGAAGCAGGAGGGGAAGACAGACCGAAUGAUCAUGGAUUUUCCAGGACACUUUGAGCAAAUCUUUCAGCAGCUCAACUACCAGAGGCUUCAUGGCCAGCUUUGCGACUGUGUCAUUGUGGUGGGAAACAGGCAUUUCAAAGCCCAUCGCUCUGUUUUGGCAGCAUGUAGCACACAUUUCCGAGCUCUGUUUACAGUAGCAGAAGGAGAUCAGACUAUGAAUAUGAUUCAGCUGGACAGUGAAGUGGUGACAGCAGAAGCUUUUGCUGCUCUGAUAGACAUGAUGUAUACUUCCACACUAAUGCUUGGGGAGAGCAACGUUAUGGAUGUCUUGCUGGCUGCUUCUCACUUACAUUUGAACUCUGUUGUUAAAGCAUGCAAACACUACCUUACUACCAGGACGCUGCCGAUGUCUCCACCGAGUGAUAGAGUUCAAGAGCAAAAUGCACGCAUGCAGAGGUCUUUUAUGCUCCAGCAGCUUGGACUAAGCAUCGUGAGCUCUGCGCUAAAUUCCACUCAGAGCACAGAAGAACAACCAAAUACUAUGAGCUCCUCGAUGAGAAGUAACAUCGAGCAGCGCACUACUUUUCCUAUCCGUCGUCUCCACAAACGUAAACAGUCUUCUGAAGAUCGGGCCAGACAGCGCAUCAGGCCUACCAUGGAUGAGUCUGUUUCCGAUGUGACUGCAGAGAGUGGGCAGUCAGUAGUUCAUUCACGGGAAGAUUUCUUCUCACCUGAUUCACUGAAGAUUGUGGACAACUCUAAGGCUGACGCUGUUGCUGAUAACCAGGAGGAUAAUACUAUUAUGUUUGAUCAGUCUUUCAGUGCUCAGGAAGAUGCUCAAGUGCCCAGCCAGUCUGACAACAGUGGAGGAAACAUUUCACAGAUGUCCAUGGCAUCCCAGGCAACGCAGGUGGAAACCAGCUUUGAUCAGGAGGCUGCUUCUGAGAAGAACAACUUCCCAUGUGAGAAUCCAGAGGUCAGUCUGAAUGAAAAAGAGCACAUGAGGGUGGUGGUGAAGUCUGAACCCUUGAGUUCCCCAGAGCCUCAAGAUGAGGUGAGCGAUGUCACUUCCCAAGCAGAGGGCAGCGAGUCUGUUGAAGUGGAAGGAGGAGUAGUGAGCGCAGAGAAGAUAGAACUGAGUCCUGAGAGCAGUGAUCGUAGCUUUUCUGACCCACAGUCCAGUACGGAUAGGGUGGGAGACAUCCAUAUUAUGGAGGUGUCAAAUAACCUGGAACACAAGUCUACUUUCAGUAUCUCAAAUUUUCUAAAUAAAAGCAGAGGUGGUGGCUUCGGUGCUAGUCAAAACAGCGAUGACAACAUUCCAAAUACCACCAGUGACUGCAGAAUGGACAGUGAUGCCUCUUAUCUGAUGAGUCCAGAGUCGGGGCCUGCUGGUAGCCAUUCAUCGGCCACCGUCUCUCAUGUCGAGAAUCCAUUUAGUGAGCCUGCAGACUCUCAUUUUGUUAGACCAAUGCAGGAUGUGAUGGGUCUCCCCUGUGUACAGACUUCUGGGUACCGGGCGGCAGAACAGUUUGGCAUGGAUUUUCCACGGUCGGGCUUGGGCUUGCACUCCCUGUCAAGGGCGAUGAUGGGCUCAGUAAGAGGUGGAGCUAGCAGCUUUCCUGGCUACCGCCGCAUAGCCCCCAAAAUGCCUGUGGUGACCUCCGUCAGGAGCUCCCAGCUGCAAGAUAACUCAUCCAGUUCCCAGCUGAUCAUGAAUGGGACCACUUCUUUUGAAAACGGGCAUCCAUCGCAACCUGGUCCACCACAGCUGACGAGGGCAUCUGCAGACGUCCUUUCAAAAUGCAAGAAGGCCUUAUCUGAGCACAACGUCUUGGUUGUAGAAGGUGCACGGAAAUAUGCAUGCAAGAUCUGCUGCAAGACGUUUUUGACCUUGACAGACUGCAAGAAACACAUCCGUGUGCACACGGGAGAAAAGCCUUAUGCCUGCCUGAAGUGUGGCAAACGGUUCAGCCAGUCUAGCCACCUGUAUAAACACUCCAAGACAACCUGCCUGAGGUGGCAGAGCAGCAAUCUGCCUAGCACUUUGCUUUAACCUUCUCCACCCCGGGCCUGAAGGAGAAUGCCAGUGCACACGUCUAGCUCCCUGAAGCACUGCAGGAACAUGAACACUAUUUUCUUCAAGGCUGCAGGCUCAGAGGCUGCUCUUGUUGGUCAGUGAACACUUACGUGUGAUUGUGCCACACACACAAAAGUCUUGGUUCUGUCAAUUGGGGAUAUUAUUGUAUCUACCUCACAGGGGUGUUGUGAGGCUUAAACAGCUGUAAGCAAAGAACUUGGAGAUCCUCAGAAGUCGCACUGUAGAUGUGUGAAGCAUUACUAUGAUGUACGUUCGGGCCUUGGGCUGAUCGGGAUACAAUCCCUAAAGCUAAGCAGUUCCUUUGCAGGGCAGAGGGGUGAGAGCGUAGUUAUCUCAUGAAGUAGCACGUUUCAAGAAUGAGAAACUGAAGUGCAAAUUUCCUCUUUUUUUUCUAAAGUAUUUUGUAAAAGUGAAAGCAUUUAAAUAAAUCACCUUUAAAACAAGUUGCUGCAUUACAUAUGGAUAGUAACGCAAGAGCUGUUUACUGUAACUAAUGUAGACUUUAAAAGAGAAAAACAACUUUGGAUGCACCUGUCUGACAUAAUACUUUAAAGUAUGCUAACUAUAAAAAUAGUUCUAGGGUUAUGAAUGUAUGUUUGGCUGUUUUGUAGUAAAGGACACUGUGUAAUGAAGGUGCUUAAAUUAAAUCCAAGACAAGUAACUUUUGGACUACCAGAUGUAUAUAUACUUUGAAUACAGCAAGAUCUGGAUGUUUGACUGAUUUUUUCUGUAGAAACUUGUAUUAAGUGAUAAGUGAAGUACUGUUUCUUGUUUGUGCUAUUCUUAGCUGUAUUUUAACCAAUUUGUAUCUCCUAUGUUAAAAUUCUAUAUACACAGAAGUCUGAAAAGAGCUUGUCUUUGUCUGCUUUGUUAUUUUGAAGGAGAGAGAGAAUUUGUGAUGGCUUUUUUUACUGUGUAAGAUAGUCUCUUGCUGUUUCCAGAUGCUGAUAGUCAAUCUGAUCCCCAUUAAUUGCAUAAGCAUAUUGUCCUUUUCUGACACUCUUUAUCUUCAGGCUUUAAUUUCCUUCUCUGUACACUUACUUACUGUCCUUCACAACUAUGUAUUGUUCCUCAGAUCAAACCAGUCAGGAAUGAUCCUCAUUUGCCAUAUUUAUUUAUGUCUCUCUAUAAAAUGUAAUUGUCAAAUCCAGUCCUUCCACUUAAAGUAGUACCAUAAAUGUACUUUUCCACAUAAAUUAAAAAAAUCUAGCAUAAAUUUAAUUUAAAAAAAUAGCACUGUACACUUUGUAUAGCAGAAAUUCAGUGAUUGUUAUUCUUCAAGUGAAUCGUGUAAAUCUUGUUUUAAUUUCCUCUUCUUUGAUACCAUUGUAACUAAUACUGUCUGCAGUCUCUUUUUUUCUGUGUUAAAGAUGCACAUGAACUAACUACUGGUGUUCACCAUAUUAGGUUUCUAAACAAAAUUUUGGAGCACUUCUGCUGAUAAAUGUUGCUCUACCAUAUAAAAGCUGGGUCAGGGCUACAGCAUGUCCUUCUGCUCAGGAGAGACAAGAUUUACAUUUCCUGGUAUCUAAGUCACAGAGCAAGAGCUUUCCAUUAAUAUAAAAAAAAUUUGCAAACCUUCCCCUCUUUAUUUUAUUCUGUAUAGCAAAUGUAUCCUGUGUGAUGAUAUUCAGCAGUUUUAUGGAGUUUGUGCUACAUAAUAGUUAGCCUUCUUAAACAUCUUGGACUUAUAUUUGGAUAAACUGAAGAUAAAAUUGUAAUCCACAGUCCUGUAGGUCAUUUAGCAGGAUGAACUAUCAAAACUGUUGAAGCACAGAAACCAGUCAGUCAUUGUCAGACCAAAGGAAACAUGGAAAUCUUUCUGUACUUGGCUUUCUGUGAAACAAUAGUCUGCUAAUGAAGAAAUGUGUCUUCAUCUCUAAUUACACUGCUUCACAUUGAAAAAAAAAUGCCAAAUGUCUGUCAACAUGUCAUUUGCACCUUGAGCAUCCAAGGUAAACAGGAACAUGAAAACGUAAUGAAUGAUUGAAUUAAUUCCUUUAAAAUGUUAAGAUUUUGUUAUAGCAUUUAUUUAAUGGUCAUAUUUCUGGCUCUUGAUUUUAUAAGCAUUAAGGAAAUAUGCAGCAUUUUUUUUAAAGCAUUUGGAUAUGCCACAUUUUGUUUGAUAAUAAUUUGGUAUCAGGGGACUAACAGCAUUGAGCUAUACUAAACAAUCUCACUGAAACAUCAAUAAAAUGCAGUAUUUUGUACUUUAAUAGUUUCUUGUGUUGCCUUAUUAGUAACGUUCUGAUUGUUUCAUCUUCCUUGCAUUUCUGGUGUUUUGUUUUAAAAAUAGGGGAUUUUUUACAUUUUCUAUCUGUUCCCUAUAGCACAUCUGAAUUCCUUGAAUUCUUAUGACGUAUAGGAAUAAAGCGUUUAUGUGCGUAAGGAGAUUAGAGUAAUUAAGAACUAAUAUGAGCAAAUAAAGUUAUUUAACUGUACUUUUGUUCUGUUUUUAUAAAAAUUUUAAUGUCAUUGUGAAAUAUCAGACCUUGUGCAGGAGGACUUCUGUCUUCCUUCUUUAAGAAAAAAUUCAACUUGGAGCAUUUUUGGAAGUAGCAACUUUAGAUUUCAUUAUUCAUUGACAUCUAGUGCAUCUGGAGGAGCACACUGCAAACCCAGGAACCUGUGGCCAGCUUGUCGCUUUCCUAGUCUUCCAGUAUGAAGCAAUAUCUCAGAAUGGUAUCUCCACUUAGCUAUCCCCUACUGUAAAAUGAGAGUACCUCAUCUCAAAGCCUGGUAACAUUGUCAAAGAGCUUAUUACCCUGACUUUUGUGCAAAAUUUAACUUUACAAAUGCUACAGUGAGAUCUCAUGUGAAGAUGUCAGUAUGUUAGUAUUAUGAAACAUCUGAAAAUAAACCGUACAUUUUUGUGC